AUGUCACAAUCAAGUCAUUAUGAUAUUGUCAUUAUUGGAGCUGGUUGCACUGGUGCUUGUUGUGCAAUGGAAUUGUCUAAAUACAAGAACCUUAAGAUUGCCUUGUUAGAAAAGGCUAGAGAUGUUUCUACUGGAGCUACUUCUGCUAAUUCUGGUAUUGUUCAUUGUGGUAUUGAUACUACAUUAGAAACAUUGAAAGGAAGACUUGUAGUAAGAGGAAAUACUCUUAUCCAUGAACUUCAACCAAAACUUAACUUUGGUCUUACUACUUGUGGAGAGUUGAUGGUUGCUAAAACUGAUGAAGAAAUACCCAAUUUAAAUAAAUAUAUGGAAAUUGCUAAAACUAAAAAUGUUCCAGUUGAGUUAUGGGAUUAUGAAAAAAUUCAUAAAGAAGAACCAAAUCUCAGUGAAAAUAUCAAGAAAGCUAUUUAUUGUCCAACUACUUCUGUUCUUGAUCCUUAUGAAUUUACUAUUGCUACUUGUCUUACUGCUAAGGCUAAUGGUGUUCAUAUCUAUACAUCUACUACUGUUAAUGGAAUUAAGAAGAUUGAUAAUGGAUAUGAAGUUGUUUGUGAAAAUGGAAAGAAGUUUAUUGCUAAAGUUUUAUUAAAUUGUGCUGGUGUUUUUGCUUCACAAGUCUCAGAAAUGUUAUAUCCAGCUGAUUUCCAUAUUACAGCAAGAAAAGGAGAAGAAUAUUUGUUAGAUAGAAAGUUACAAGGAAUGGUUAAACAUGUUAUUUUCCCAUGUCCAACAGGAGUAACAAAAGGUACUCUUAUUAUUCCAACAGUUGAUGGUACUAUCAUGGUUGGACCAAACGCUGAUAUUCAAGACUCUUACACUGAUGCAACAACAACCAAUUUAACUCAACAAGCUGGACAUAAUGUACAAUUAAAUCCAAGAACUAGAGGACCAAUUGUUGAUGGAUUUAGAUGUGUUGAAAAAGGAAUUUAUGCAGCUGGUAAUCAAUUACAUGUACAUGAUCUUGCAGAUGAAGCAUCUAAUGAAGGAGCUAUUGCAGGAGAAGCUGCAGCACUUUCAUUAGGAGGAGAAAAAGAAGCAAUUAAAGUUAUUCCAGCACCAGAACUUCUUUAUUGUGUACCAGAAAGAGUAGUUAUUAGUGAUAAGAAACAAAAAUUAUCAUUUAGAUUUAGACAAGAUUUUGGAAGUGCACAUGUUAUAGCAAAAAUAGGAGAAACUAUUAUUGGAGAAGAAGAAAUUGAACAUGCUAUUCCAGCAGAAAUGGGACAUGUUUGGGUAAUUCCUAAAGAUUGUCAAAUUGGACAAGAAGUUACACUUACAGUUAUUCCUAAAGCACAUGAAGAAGUAACAGAACAAAAAGAAGGAGAAAUAGUAAAACAUAUGAAUUGUAUUGUAUGUCCAAGAGGAUGUCCAAUUGAAGUUAAGAUUGAUGCUAAAUCAAAUGAAAUUACAUCAAUUAAAGGAAAUUCAUGCCCAAGAGGAGCUGCUUAUGUUAGACAAGAACAUAUAGAACCAUUUAGAGUAUUUUCAACAACUCUUCCAGUAGAAGGAGGAAAUUUGAUAAGAGUACCAGUUAAAUUAACCAAACCAGUACCACGAUCAAAGAUAUUUGAAGUAAUGGAAAUUAUUCAUAAACAAUCACCAAUUAAAGCACCAAUCAAUAAAGGACAAGUGUUAGUAAAAAUACCAAAAAUGACAGAUAUUGUUGCAUGUUAUCCAGUUGUUAAAGAAAAAGAAAGAUAA